CUAGCAGUGCAUUGUUUAGAAACGCGGAGACUUCUCUCAGGAGAAAGCGAGAAGCAAGCGUCCAACUCUGGGGUGCAGAACCCGGGGCGGGAGGACGGGCCCGGACUGCCGUUUCUCGCUGUGUCCAGGUCUGCGUGACUCAAAACCCCGGAUAGGGCCCGCAAUGGUGGAGUCGGAAAGAGGUGGCUGCGGCGCGGCAAGUGCCGCCAGUGCCAGCGAGCGCGACGUCGCUCCCAAGCCCCCGUCUCUAUGGCAACCGAGUGCGUCUCUGGGACCGCCACUGCGCAGGCGCCCGGAGGCUAAGCCGCUCGGACCCCAGCUGCGCCACGCAGGGUAGGCGACGCAGACGCUCCCGCGUGAUGCACUUCCGGUGCUUGCCCUGCCCAUCCCCGUGGCGGGGGCGUGGCCAUGGCGGCGGCGCUCCGGCGGGGGCGGGCCCUGGGCUCCCGCCCUUCGGGUCCCACAGUUUCCAGCCGCCGCUCUCCUCAGUGCCCGGUGGCCCAGGAGGGCCUGAGAGCCCGAAGCCGUCCCCGAGUCGCUCCUAGGUCACUGGCGCGAUGCGGGCCGUCCUCUCGGUUGAUGGGUUGGAAGCCCAGCGAGGCUAGAGGCCAGUCCCAAAGUCUCCAGGCAUCAGGGCUGCAGCCCAGGAGCCUCAAGGCGGCCCGGCGGGCGACUGGACGGCCGGACAGGUCCCGAGCAGCCCGGCCCACCAUGGACCCCUCUGCCCACAGGUCCCGAGCAGCCCCGCCCAACAUGGACCCAGACCCCCAGGCGGGCGUGCAGGUGGGCAUGCGGGUGGUGCGCGGCGUGGACUGGAAGUGGGGCCAGCAGGACGGCGGCGAGGGCGGCGUGGGCACGGUGGUGGAGCUUGGCCGCCACGGCAGCCCCUCGACACCCGACCGCACAGUGGUCGUGCAGUGGGACCAGGGCACGCGCACCAACUACCGCGCCGGCUACCAGGGCGCGCACGACCUGCUGCUGUACGACAACGCCCAGAUCGGCGUCCGGCACCCCAACAUCAUCUGUGACUGCUGCAAGAAGCACGGGCUGCGGGGGAUGCGCUGGAAGUGCCGCGUGUGCCUGGACUACGACCUCUGCACGCAGUGCUACAUGCACAACAAGCAUGAGCUCGCCCACGCCUUCGACCGCUACGAGACCGCUCACUCGCGCCCUGUCACACUGAGUCCCCGCCAGGGCCUCCCGAGGAUCCCACUAAGGGGCAUCUUCCAGGGAGCGAAGGUGGUGCGAGGCCCCGACUGGGAGUGGGGCUCACAGGAUGGAGGGGAAGGGAAACCGGGCCGUGUGGUGGACAUCCGUGGCUGGGAUGUGGAGACAGGCCGGAGUGUGGCCAGCGUGACGUGGGCUGAUGGUACCACCAAUGUGUACCGUGUGGGCCACAAGGGCAAGGUGGACCUCAAGUGUGUGGGCGAGGCAGCGGGCGGCUUCUACUACAAGGACCACCUCCCAAGGCUCGGCAAGCCGGCGGAGCUGCAGCGCAGGGUGAGUGCUGACAGCCAGCCCUUCCAGCACGGGGACAAGGUCAAGUGUCUGCUGGACACUGAUGUCCUGCGGGAGAUGCAGGAAGGCCACGGCGGCUGGAACCCCAGGAUGGCGGAGUUUAUCGGACAGACGGGCACCGUGCAUCGUAUCACGGACCGCGGGGAUGUGCGCGUGCAGUUCAACCACGAGACGCGCUGGACCUUCCACCCCGGGGCGCUCACCAAGGACACCAGGAAGGCAGGACAGCUUCGUGGGCGGGAGGGAGGCAGCUGGGCUAAGAUGCUCCUGCACCACUCCUUCUGGGUGGGCGACGUGGUCCGGGUCAUCGGCGACCUUGACACAGUGAAGCGGCUGCAGGCUGGGCAUGGCGAGUGGACGGACGACAUGGCCCCUGCCCUGGGCCGCGUCGGGAAGGUGGUGAAAGUGUUUGGAGACGGGAACCUGCGUGUAGCAGUCGCUGGUCAGCGGUGGACCUUCAGCCCCUCCUGCCUGGUGGCCUACCGGCCCGAGGAGGAUGCCAACCUGGAUGUGGCCGAGCGCGCCCGGGAGAACAAAAGCUCACUGAGCGUGGCCCUGGACAAGCUUCGGGCCCAGAAGAGUGACCCAGAGCACCCGGGAAGGCUGGUGGUGGAGGUGGCGCUGGGUAACGCAGCCCGGGCUCUGGACCUGCUGCGGAGGCGCCCAGAGCAGGUGGACACCAAGAACCAAGGCAGGACCGCUCUGCAAGUGGCUGCCUACCUGGGCCAGGUGGAGUUGAUACGGCUGCUGCUACAAGCCAGGGCGGGCGUGGACCUGCCGGACGACGAGGGCAACACGGCGCUGCACUACGCAGCCCUGGGGAACCAGCCCGAGGCCGCCAGGGUGCUCCUGAGUGCUGGGUGCCGGGCGGACGCCAUCAACAGCACCCAGAGCACCGCACUGCACGUGGCCGUGCAGAGGGGCUUCCUGGAGGUGGUGCGGGCCCUGUGUGAGCGCGGCUGUGACGUCAACCUGCCUGACGCCCACUCGGACACGCCCCUGCACUCCGCCAUCUCGGCGGGCACUGGAGCCAGCGGCAUUGUCGAGGUCCUCACGGAGGUGCCAAACAUCGAUGUGACCGCCACCAACAGCCAGGGCUUCACCCUGCUGCACCACGCCUCCCUCAAGGGUCACGCGCUAGCUGUGAGAAAGAUUCUGGCUCGGGCGCGGCAGCUGGUGGACGCCAAGAAGGAGGACGGCUUCACGGCGCUGCACCUGGCCGCCCUCAACAACCACCGCGAGGUGGCCCAGAUCCUCAUCCGGGAGGGCCGCUGUGACGUGAAUGUGCGCAACCGGAAGCUGCAGUCCCCGCUGCAUCUCGCCGUGCAGCAGGCCCACGUGGGGCUGGUGCCGCUACUGGUGGACGCUGGGUGCAGUGUCAACGCCGAGGACGAGGAGGGGGACACCGCCCUGCACGUGGCGCUGCAGCAUCAUCAGCUGCUGCCCCUGGUGGCUGAUGGGGCCGGGGGGGACCCAGGGCCCUUGCAGCUGCUGUCCAGGACAUGGGGCGCCGGCUGCUGGGGCUGCCAGGUGCCAGGAGACGCCUCCCUCGGGCCUGCCCCGGCGCCCGCCCUCACCGGCGUCUGUCCUGCCGCCCAGCUACAGGCCUCGGGCCUCCCCGGCAGCGCGGAGCUGACGGUGGGCGCGGCGGUCGCCUGCUUCCUGGCGCUGGAGGGCGCCGACGUGAGCUACACCAACCACCGCGGUCGGAGCCCGCUGGACCUGGCUGCCGAGGGUCGUGUGCUCAAGGCCCUUCAGGGCUGCGCCCAGCGCUUCCAGGAGCGGCAGGCGGGCGGGGGCGCGGCCCCAGGCCCCCGGCAAACGCUCGGGACCCCCAACACCGUGACGAACCUGCACGUGGGCGCCGCGCCGGGGCCCGAGGCCGCUGAGUGCCUGGUGUGCUCCGAGCUGGCGCUGCUGGUGCUGUUCUCGCCAUGCCAGCACCGCACCGUGUGUGAGGAGUGCGCGCGCAGAAUGAAGAAGUGCAUCAGGUGCCAGGUGGUCGUCAGCAAGAAAUUGCGCCCAGGUUACACCCCGCACUCCCAAGGCUCACACGCGGCCCCCCAGCCCCCAGCCCCGCCGGAGGUCACGACCUGCUCCAGAUCACACCCGGCCCAUAGCCCCGCCUCAAGACGGCUCUGAGGUGGCGAGCGCCGCCCCCGCCCCCGGCCCGCCGCGCCAGCUGGUGGAGGAGCUGCAGAGCCGCUACCGGCAGAUGGAGGAACGCAUCACCUGCCCCAUCUGCAUCGACAGCCACAUCCGCCUCGUGUUCCAGUGCGGCCACGGCGCAUGCGCCCCCUGCGGCUCCGCGCUCAGCGCCUGCCCCAUCUGCCGCCAGCCCAUCCGCGACCGCAUCCAGAUCUUCGUGUGAGCCGCGCCGUCCGCCGCGCCCGAGCUGCCUUCGCGUGCCCCCGCCCUGUGUUUUAUAAAAAGAUUCUCGGA